AUGCUGGCUUCUUGUUCGCUUGACCGGCCACCGUGUCCGUCACUAUUGAGUGGUGCCACUGCGAGACCAGCAAUACGUGAUUUGGGUCGUCCACGUCGUACAACAAGCGGUGGGGCUCUCGAGCGUCUGCUUGCCGCACAAUUAGCGAUCCGAAGAUACCGUUCGCUACAUCGACACCUGAAAAGAGAUCUUUUAGUGCGAGUGCCAGAGAUGAGUCCCAGGGACAGAAGCCCGAAACUUGUAUUGAAAAGUAGUGUAACUUGGAAUAGGACAUUGUGUCACAAGUGGUACUCCGUCCAUACAGGGAGUUUCACGUUGAGUUUGUCCACGCCAGUGUAUCGAGGCGGCCUUUCCCGGAAGCCGGUUUACGACAUCAACGACCAAUUCAGACUGUGCAUGAAUUACCUGGAUGCUGGGUCCAGGCAGUUGCCGAUUCGCGGUAAGAAUUCCUCUAUGAUGCCCGUCAGCGGACACACAGUACUUGGCAAGACAAGCGGUCUCAUUGGCUGGGCAGUUUCCACAGGCCCUGAAAAAAAAAAAAAUCCAAAAUGUCAGCAGGAUACAGCAUGA